GAGGGGCCUCCCGCCUACUCCUCCGCGGGCUCGGCCUCGGAGGCGGGGCACCCGGACGCGGAGCAGCCCCGAGCUCCCGAGUCGCCGCCGCCGGGGGCCUGGCGCUCCCCUCGACCGUGGGGCGCCGGGUUGUGCAGCCGCCGGCGGAACAUGGCGCCGUGGACGUUCUGGCGCUGCUGCCAGCGCAGCGUGGGCUGGGUGCCGGUGCUCUUCAUCACCUUCGUGGUCGUCUGGUCCUACUACGCGUACGUGGUGGAGCUGUGCGUGUUUACUCUCUCUGGAAAUGAAGAAAACGGAAAGGCCGUUGUUUACCUUGUGGCUUUCCAUCUGUUCUUUGUUAUGUUUGUAUGGUCCUAUUGGAUGACAAUUUUCACAUCUCCCGCUUCCCCCUCCAAAGAGUUCUACUUGUCCAAUUCUGAAAAGGAACGUUAUGAAAAGGAAUUCAGCCAAGAAAGACAGCAAGAAAUUUUGAAAAGAGCAGCCCGGGACUUACCUAUCUAUACCACAUCAGCUUCAAGGACCAUCAGAUACUGUGAAAAAUGUCAGUUGAUUAAACCUGACCGGGCGCAUCACUGCUCAGCAUGUGAAGUAUGUGUUCUUAAGAUGGAUCAUCACUGCCCUUGGGUGAAUAACUGUGUGGGAUUUUCUAAUUACAAAUUCUUCCUGCUGUUUUUAUUGUAUUCCUUGUUAUAUUGCCUUUUUGUGGCUACAACAGUUUUACAGUACUUUAUAAAAUUUUGGACGAAUGAACUCUCUGAUACACGUGCUAAGUUCCACGUUCUUUUCCUCUUCUUUGUGUCUACGAUGUUCUUCAUCAGCGUCCUGUCACUUUUCAGCUACCACUGCUGGCUGGUGGGAAGAAACAGAACAACAAUAGAAUCAUUCCGCUCACCCACAUUUUCAUAUGGACCUGAUGGAAAUGGUUUUUCCCUUGGAUGCAGUAAAAAUUGGAGACAAGUCUUUGGCGAUGAAAAGAAAUACUGGCUACUUCCCAUAUUUUCAAGCUUGGGUGACGGCUGCAGUUUUCCAACUCGCCUUGUGGGGAUGGAUCCAGAACAAGCUUCUGUUACACAUCAGAAUGAAUAUGCCAGAAGUAUUGGCUCAAAUCAGCCCUUUCCUAUCAAACCACUUAGCGAAUCAAAAAACCGAUUGUUGGACAGUGAAUCUCAGUGGACAGAGAAUGAAUCUGAAGAAGGCACUGUCCGAUCAGGGACAAAUAACCAUGUUACAGUGGCAGUAGAAAAUUGAGUACCACUUGUUCAUAGCUAACCAUUUGAAUAAGAGCAAGGUUUAUAAAAAUGUAUUAUGGACUGAUAUUUUCAGUUUUAUUUGCAAGAAAAUGAUCAAUGGAAUGAAAUAAUUGAAGUAUAACAGAAGAUAUAUUUUUUCAAAAAGGAAGCCUUUGUACAGAUCGCUGGAUUCACAGAAGCACUACUCCGGAGCAGGAAGAUGCCUUAAUCUUACAUAAACCCAUUUGUGCUACAUCGACUUACUGCUACAAAAGUGACUUGAUUUUACUUUGGAAAUAACACCUAUUAUGAGAUACUACAGUGUGAGCUAUCAAAACACAUGUUAACACAGCAUAUGUAUUUUUCUGACACCUGAGUUAUAUUGUUAGAGUUGUUCCUUUGUAUCCAUGUAAGUUUUCACUCCAGAAACACAAGCUGAGAAGUUGUCUUAGGUGAAGCACGCGUAGGGCAGUGCGGUGGCUGGUACUGUGGCUUGUGCUGACUGUGUAAGGAAACGAAAAUAACUUUUUUUUAUUGGGUGUUUGCUAAUUUAUAAUUACUGUUUUAUACUUUUCAACAUUUUUAAUAAAGUUUUUUUAUUGUUGGCUAUAAAAUAACACUCAGAAAGAUUCAGGUAUCUAAAUGCAGUUAUUUAAAACAUGGAACACAUUUGUAUAAUUCAUUGAGGGCUUAGUUCUAAACAUUAAUACGACCGUGUAACGUAGUGUUGUGCCCAAGGCUUAAAUAGAAAUACUUUUGGUUUUCUCUGCU